AUGUAUGGAGAGAAAAAUAUCUGUAAUAAAGAUAUAGUUAAAAUCAACGAAGAAGCUGAUGAAGAAAUAACUUUAAGAGAGAAUAACAAAAUUAUAAAUAAGUUACAAGAAGAAGCCAAACUAUCAUCACUUUGGACAAUCUAUAGAAUGUUAACAGAUGAUAAACAUCGCUGUAAAGUUAGAGAAUCUGGUUUUCCUGUUGCCGCAAUUGAGAGAAGAAAGAAAGUUGUAGUCUCUAGAGACACAACAUUUAAAGUAGCAGAUCAUGACUAUACCAAAACAGGAAUCAUACCAAGUGUGAUAAUGAUAUGUAAUAUACCUGAAUCGAUAAAUGGUGAUUUUUAUACAGGACAA